AUGGACGAUUGCACUGCCUUCGCCGCUGCUUUGCCCAUCUCUGCCACCGACAGUGCCUCUCCUAUGGAUGCACGCUCUGCUGCCGUUGUGUCUUUGUCCGACAAUAAUUUCUGCAAGUCUGCUGCCACUUCUUCCGAUUCCGCCACCACUGUGUCGGCGGCGUUUGCAGUGGCGGAUAAUAUUUCAAGCGUUGAAUUCGACGCCUCUGCCGUCAUUGCUGCUUCUGCUGCGGUUUCCGCUGCCUCUGCCGCUUUCACUGCUGCUGCUGCUACUCGUGCUGUUCUUACUCCUGCUGAUGCCGGCGUUGUUUGUGCUGCUGCUUGUAUUGCCGCCAGCGAUGCUUCUCGUGCCGCUUCAGCUGCGUUUCUUGCCGCAGCCGCUGCCUCCUCCGCUGAUAUUUCACCAUUUGCAAGUGAUGUGGCCGCCUUCGCUGCCGCCUUUGAAGCGUCUGCCGCCUUUACUGCUGCUGCUGCUGCUUCCGGUCCGGCGGCUGCUGCAGCUGCUGAAGCUGUUGCCGCCGCUGCUGCUGCGGCUGCUGUCGAACCUGCCACUGCUGCUUCCUUUGUUUUAGCUGCUCCACAGCUGCUGUUGCUGAAGCCGCCAACGCUGUUGCUGCUGCUGCGGCUGCUGUGGAUGUCGACACUAAUGCUGUUGCUUCUGGACUUUGUCCCACUGUGGUUGAUGGUGCUACUGUGGUUGGAUUGGAUGGCAGUGGUGCUGUUGUUGUUCCAGUGGAUGACGGUGGUACUCCUGCUGGUGCUCCUGCUGGUCCUUCAUUACUAA